AUGUCUUGCAUUGACAAGAUGUCCAUUAUGGGCAUUCGAUCUUUCGAUAGUCGAUCAAGAGAAAGUAUCCAGUUUUUUUCUCCUUUGACAUUAAUCGUUGGUCAAAAUGGUUCAGGAAAAACAACCAUUAUAGAAUGUUUAAAAUAUGCUACGACAGGAAUACUUCCUCCAAACACCAAAGGUGGUGCAUUCAUUCAUGAUCCAAAGUUGUGUGGUGAGAAAGAGGUUUUGGCGCAAGUGAAACUAGCGUUUAAAAACACAAAUCAAAUAAGGAUGAUAUGUACACGAUCAUUACAAUUGCUAGUUAAAAAGACCACAAGACAGCAGAAGACCCUUGACGGGCAGUUGUUGAUUGUCAAUGAUGGUGAGCGUAGUACUAUCAGCAAUCGAUGUGCAGAGUUAGAUUUACAAAUCCCUCUAAGUCUCGGUGUCAGUAGAGCACUGCUUGAUUAUGUUAUAUUUUGUCACCAAGAAGAAAGUUUUUGGCCUUUAAGUGAACCCUCGAAUUUAAAAAAGCGAUUUGACGAGAUUUUUGAAUCUAUGAAAUACGCAAAAGCCCUCGAGCAACUAAAGAACGUAAGGCGUGACCAGGAAAAUCAAAUCAAAGUUGAUCAAGCCAACUUAGUACAUUUUCGGUCAGACAAAGAACGAGCUGAAAAAAUAAGGUUGCAACUUCACGGUUCCCAGAAACGCAUCUCAUUUAUCAACCACAGAAUUGAAGAACUGGAUCAUAAGAUAUCUCAUACAGCAAAACUUCAGGAUGAGCUUUUCAGAUCCACUGAAGAAUUCGAACAAAAAGAGGUUGCCAUAUCUCAGUUUGAAAACCACUGCACUUUUCUGGCUUCGAGUAUAGAAGACCUAAAGCUUCAUAUGGUUGAAAUGAACAACACUACGGAUGAAUUGGAGAAAAUAUCUAGAAAUUUCAAUGGGCAAGUAGAAACUGAACAAAACCUUCUGUUAGAACUUGAAAAUAACAAGUCUUCAACCGAGGUUCAAAUAACUGAAAACAGGAAAAAGAUGGAAACGCUCUCGGCUAAUUUAGGACGUGCUGAAGGAGAGUUAGUAUCUCUGGAACGAACGAAACGUAGAAAACGGGAAACUUUGGAGAAUAUUGCUAGCUCACAUGGGUUUUCGGAGCAGGAUGAAAACGAAGUUAUAACAAAAUAUGUUGAACAUUUUGAUUCAAGUAUGUCUGAAAACAAAAGAAUUGUACAACAAAUUCGAGAUAAAAGAAAAGAGAGAGGUGCUCGAAUUGAGGGGCUAAAAGCUCAUGAGAUGUAUCUGCAAAAAACCAUUGCAGGUUUGGAAGAUUCCAUAAAGAAUAAUCAAAGUAAUAUAAUAUAUAUUCAAUCGCGUAUCCAAGAUCUCAAGCAUAUGGCUCAAACGAGGGAUGCUUUAUCAGAAGAGCUAAAACGAGGAGAAAAAGAAUUUCAGGAUGCUCGAACAGUGUACGAAGGCAAUGAAUGGAAUAAAAAAAUUGACGAAGAGAAAAUGGGGAUACUCGAUAGCGAGAAAGAACUCGAAAACUUUGCUUCAUUGAUUGAUAAAUUUCAUGAUAAUGCCAACAUCCACUCAAAACUACAAUUGCUAAUAGAGACAAGGGAAAAGUUAUUGGCUGACGUAAAAGAAGCUGGAGAAUGUUUCAAGCAGCGAUUCUUUGAAUUAACCUCCCUUGACCUUCAUACUGUCAGUGAAUAUGAUGAAAAAUUAAAUGCCUCUUUACAAAAGUCCCAGGUGACUAUAGAUGAAUCAAAGAAAAAACUGAACGCCGCAAACGCCACUGUUGUUGAACUUGAAUAUAAGUUUAGUACUUAUCGCAAAGAACUAUCGGAUUUGGAGUUUCGAAAUAAUGAAAAGGCUCAGUUAAGUCGGUAUCGCUCAAUUAACUUGGAUGAGCACAAUGAAAAUAUUCAGAGUUUGGACUCAAGGAUUGAAGAUAGUAAACGAACAGCUCACUCCUUACAAUUUGGUAUAAGUUUCUACGAAAAGGCAAUUCAGAUGUCUGAUUCACACCAUGCCUGUCAACUAUGUCAAAGAUUGUUUGAAAACGAUGAAGAAGCUGCUUUUGUUGAACAUUGCCGUGCGAUGAUAGAAAAUAUUCCUGGGAAAUUGUCAGAUGUAACCGACCAACUGGAGAUAUUGAAUAAAGAGAGAAAAGAGCUAAGUGAUGUAAUUCCCCUUAUUGAGGAAGCAAAAUUUAUAAAGAAUUCGAUGAAGGAAAAAUCUGAUAUUCUGACUAUAACAGAACAGCAGUUAGGAAAUGCAAAAGAGCAAGCUGCCACCCUGGAUUUUCAGUUGAAAGAUAUCAGCAAAAAACACGAGGCUUUUGAAAGCUUAAACUUCAAGUUAAAAGAUAUUAAUCGUCUGAAUGAGGAAACUGAGAAGUGUAAUUCGCACGUUUCAGACCUUCAGGCUCAACUUAGUCCAUCGUAUAAGGAAUUGGAUAUAAACCAAAUUAGUCUGGAACGAAAGAAGGUUGCAGAGAUGAACAAAGCUUCAAAAAAAAAAUUGGAGACAAUAAUUUAUGAAGAGGCCAAGCAAAGAAAGGAGCUUGACAAUGUGAAUAUCGCUAACAAGGAAAGGGAGGUUAAAUUCUCAGAUUUAAAACUCAAAAUAAAUGAGUUACAUCAACUAGAAGUUGAGAUAAAAAAUUGCGAUGAGAAGAAAAUAAAAAUGCGAAGAGAUCUCGAAGAUACUAAACAGUCUUGCGAUGAACAACGGCCAUUGUUUAAUAGACUUAAUGACGAAAUGCUUAGUUUGGAGAAUGAUCUUGAAAAAUUUGAGGAAAAGAGCCGAUCACUAUUGCAAGAUAAGAACGGGUUUCUUCAACAAUUACAAGAUUGGAAUAGAGAGUUGCAAAUCGAUAUAAAAUCUGAAUUAGAUCGUCUAGUAAAAGAGAAGGAUGGCCUUUUUCGAACUGUUGAAUACGAUUUAUCUGAACUGAAUGCUAGCACUCAAAAGAUUAAGAACAUUCAGGAAAAAUUGGCUGACUUGCGUUCUAGAGAACGCAACAUUUCGGACAACUUACGUCUUCGCCGAUUACACAGUCAGUUUCUGGAGGCCUUGGAAAAGAAAAAUAGCCUGAUAUCUCAACAAGCGAAGACAAAUAGAGAGGCUUUCCGUGAUGAAAUGGAGUCUUUGAAAAUGCAAUAUGGAGCACUAAAUGCUGAGCGCGCCGGGUUAUUAGGUGAAUGUCGGCAACUUGAUUCUGGUGUAAAUCAAUUAACUCAAGAUUUAAACCUCGAAUUUAAAGAUUCAGAUGAACGUUAUCGCCGCCAAUUAAUAAAGACCAGGACGACUGAUAAAGCUAAUGAUGAUAUAGGCAAAUAUGCAAAAGCUUUAGAUAUUGCCAUUAUGCAACUCCAUUCAUUAAAAAUGAAUGAAAUCAAUAGAAUUGUAGAUGAAUUAUGGAAACAGACUUACUGUGGUACAGACAUUGAUACAAUUCUAAUUCGCUCAGACGCCGAAGGAAAGGGAAACCGCUCUUAUAAUUAUAGGGUUUGCAUGGUAAAGGGAGACGCCGAAUUGGAUAUGAGAGGACGAUGCAGUGCUGGUCAGAAGGUUCUGGCCUGUAUUAUAAUUCGCCUUGCCUUGGCAGAAUGUCUAGGAGUUAACUGUGGAAUUCUAGCCCUUGAUGAGCCUACAACGAAUUUGGAUGAAGAAAAUAUUAUGAGCUUAGCAAAAAGUUUAUCUAAAAUCGUGGACUUUAGAAGGCGACAAGCAAACUUUCAGCUAAUUAUUAUUACUCACGAUGAGCAGUUUAUCCGUUUAGUUAAUACAGACGCAUACUGUGGUUAUUAUUAUAAAGUUAAAAGAGACGCGAAUCAGAAAAGCAUUAUUGUACGAGAAACGAUGUAA